AUGUGGUGGUUAUUUCUAAUAUUUAUAAACAUAGUAUUAGGUGAUGUUUCUAUUGGAUUCCCAUUCAAUGAACAAUUGCCUAAUGUUGCUAGAGUUGAUGAAGCUUAUACGUUCACAAUGUCAAAUUCAACUUAUAAAUCGUCUAAUGAUGAAACAGUCACUUAUUCUGCUUCAAAUUUACCUUCAUGGUUAUCAUUUGAUUCUAAUUCAAGAACUUUUACUGGUACUCCAAAGAAUGAAAAUGUUGGAGAUUUCCAAAUUGAUUUAACUGGUGAAGAUUCUGGUCUGUCUUUGACUCAAACUUACACUAUGACUGUUUCUAAUGAUACUGGAUUGGAAUUAUCCAGUGAUAAUGUUAUUUUUGUUGAAAUCUCCCAAUAUGGUCAAACCAAUGGUGUUGAUGGUUUAGUUGUUAAAGAGGGUGAUCAAAUUGAUAUUAAAUUUGACUCAUCAGUAUUUAAAUCCAAACCUGAUUCCGAUAGACCAAUUGUUGCUUACUACGGAAGAUCUGCUGAUAGAUCUUCAUUACCUAAUUGGAUUAGUUUUAACUCCGAUGAUUUAUCUUUCACCGGUACUGUUCCUCAUGUAAUUUCCACCGAUGCUCCAUCUUUUGAAUAUGGUUUUAGUUUCAUUGGUAGUGAUUAUUAUGGAUACGCUGGAGCUGAAGGAAUCUUCAAAAUCGUUGUUGGAGGUCAUCAAUUGAGUACUAACAUCAAUGAAACUAUCAAAGUUAAUGGAACUUUUGGUAAUUUCUUUGAUUUAGACGUACCAAUUUUCUCUAAUGUUUUCUUGGAUAAUGCUAUCAUUAGUAGUGAAAACAUUAGUUCAGUUGAAGCUAAUGAUUUACCUUCUUAUGUUGAUUUCAAUCAAGGUAAUUAUUCCUUAACUGGUAAUUUCCCUGAAGAUAGUACUUUUGAUAACUUUACCAUCACUAUUAAAGAUGUGUUCGGUAAUUCUGUUGAUUUACCAUAUCUGUUUGAUGCCAUUGGAUCAGUUUUUACUCUUAAAAACUUACCUGAAGUGAAUGCUACUAAAGGAGAAUUCUUCCAAUAUUCAUUAAUGGAUAGCUUUUUCACUGAUGUUAAUGAAACUAAAGUUACUGCUGAUUUUAAAAGUGAUUGGUUAACUUAUCAUGAUGAUAACAAGACUUUUACUGGAUCAACACCCAAAGAUUUCGAUAAUUUGCAAGUUGAAAUCGAAGCUUCUUCACCAUUUGAUGAAGAAUCCAAAUCUUUCCAAAUCAAGGGUGUUGAUGGCAAGAGUGUUAAAUCCUCAUCUUCUUCAUCUUCAUCUGCUACAUCUUCAAGUUCAAGUUCAUCAAGCUCAUCAUCAUCAACUGAAGCUGCCACUUCAAGUGAAGCUCCAGUAACUAAAUCUCACAACAAAAAUAAAGAUUUACGUAAGAAAUUGGCUAUUGGUUUAGGUGUGGGUAUUCCAGCCCUCCUUUUACUUAUAGCUGGUCUUUUAUUAUGCUGUUGUCUCAGAAGAAGAAAAUCCGAUGAAGGAGAAAAAUCUAGCGAUACUACUUUAGAUGAAGAAGAUAUUGUAGGAGGAGGAGUGUUAGCAGGACCAAAGAAUUUAGCCAAUAAUAAUGUCAGUAAAAUUGAAAAUGAUGUACAAAGUACUUCAUCUUCAAUUACUCAUGUUGAAAGUGAUAGUUCUAAUUACUUUGAUGCUGAUGGAGAUGACAUGGGUGCCGCUGGUAUAGCUGGUGCUGAUGACAAACCCUUGAAAUCUUGGAGAGCUAAUGAUCAUUCAGAUAUUGCCAAAACUCCUGGUAAUUUAAGUAAAUCAGGAAAUUUCAGAAAAUCAGACGCUUCUUUAAGUACUGUUAAUACAGAACAAUUAUUUUCUGUAAGAUUAGUGGAAGAUGAUUCCAUUAGAAACAGUAAUCAAUCAUCAUUUGCAUCAGGACAAUUCAUAAGUAAUAACUCAUUAAAUGCUUUAUUAAGAGAUGAUUCAGGUAAUUUCCAAAGAUUGGAUAGUGAUGGAAAUAUUGUUAGUCAAUCUAAUUCAAUGAAUUCUAUCAGAAAACCCCUUUCAAGAUCUCCAAGUGCUAAUUUGGAAAAUAUCGUUGAACAUUCUAAUGAAAACAGUAGAGAUUAUUCCGAUUACCAUUCAACAAGAUUACCUCAAAGUAAAUCUGAAUCAUCAAAUAUUCUUAGUUUAUCAAGUAAAAAAUCUAAACAAAGUUUAUAUGAUGAUUUUAAAGCUACACAAACAGGAGACGGGAAUUUCGAAUGGGUAGAUUCUAAUGAUGAAGAUACCUAUAAAUUUUUAAAUAAUGGUAAAACUUUAAAUAUGUCAUUAUCAGAAAAUUCUAUUGGUACUUACAACACUAUAGAAAGACCUGAAAAUCCUUCCAGAAUUUCGAAUUCUUCAUUAGGUAAAAAGGCUAAACUAGUAGAUUUUACUAGAAGAAGCAGUUUAAGAGAAUCAGCUCAAAACUUAAAUUAUACUUAUGAAGGUGAACAGGUUCAAAUUCAUAAUGAUGAUGUUGAUUCUUUAUAA